GUAAUAGGCAUCAAAGAUGAUAGAUAAAUGAGCCCAAAGCAAUGAAGGCCGGCGGCGCCCAGCUACACAGCCAGAUCACAACAAUUAACACUACUAGUUGUGACAAGUCAACAAAGAACUCUAAAAAAUUGUGUGCCCCACUAAUCUCUUUGUUAUUUUCUCCACUUUCUCCAAAUCUCUCUUCUCCGAUCAUCUCCCAUCGGAAUCUCCUGAAUCGUCGAUGGACGACUCCUUGAAUUUAUUUGUAGAGGAGACGUCGUUUUUUAAUAGGAUUGUUCUGGGCACAUUCUUGCCGGAAUCAUGGUGGGGACCACUCCCUCAUUGGUUUCAAGGAUGGCUUCGCAACUACAUCGGUGGAGUCUUGCUUUACUUUAUCUCUGGUUUUCUUUGGUGCUUCUACAUCUAUUACUUAAAACGAAACCUUUAUCUACCUAAAGAUGCCAUCCCUUCAAAUAGAGCUAUGCUCUUGCAAAUAGGAGUUGCAAUGAAAGCUAUGCCAUGGUACUGUGCCCUUCCAUCACUUUCUGAGUACAUGAUUGAAAAUGGGUGGACUAAAUGUUUCUCAAGAAUAAGCGAUGUCGGAUGGAUACCCUACCUUAUCUAUGUUGCAGUUUAUCUGGUAAUAGUAGAAUUUGGUAUCUAUUGGAUGCAUCGAGAGUUGCAUGACAUAAAACCUCUGUACAAAUAUCUCCAUGCUACACAUCAUAUAUACAACAAGCAAAAUACACUCUCCCCAUUUGCUGGUUUGGCAUUCCACCCAUUGGAUGGAAUACUACAGGCAGUGCCACACGUAAUAGCUCUUUUUCUGUUGCCUGUGCAUUUCACCACACACAUUGCUCUCUUAUUCAUAGAAGCCAUAUGGACUGCAAAUAUUCAUGACUGUAUACAUGCGAAGGUUUGGCCUGUAAUGGGUGCCGGUUACCAUACCAUCCACCAUACUACGUACCGCCAUAAUUAUGGUCACUACACAAUAUGGAUGGACUGGAUGUUUGGAACUCUUCGCGAUCCUGUUGAAGAUGAAGUGAAGAAACUGUAACAUUCAUCCCUGUAACGAAUUGGUAUUCAUCGUCUUAUUUAUUAGGUUGCAGAGUGGUUGGUGCUUCAUUUAGAGUUUGUUGUGUGUGCAUUUCAUGGAUGUAAAUUUUACUAGUGGGUUUUCAAUGUUUAGACAAAAAAAUAUUAUCCAGGAAAAAUACUGUGAAAUGCUCUUGAUGCAUUUGAGGUAUUGUUAUUGAGGAAAGAAGCAAGAGAUCCAAGUUUCAAUGAGAAAGUAUCUCGUGGAUUUGGAAUAUGUAUCGAACAUUUACGAUAGUGCGGAUAGGACUUAAAUCUUCUAGUC